AGCGAGAGAGAGGGAGGGAGAGAGCGAGAGAGAGAGAGAGAUGUUUCGGAGCAGAGCGGCCUGGUCAUUUUUGAGGCGCAGUAAAGAUGUAAAUGGGAUGUACAAGCUGAGAGAAACAAGGCCAACUUCAAGUUUUUCUUCCGGGGAUUCGUCAAGGUUUUUUUACCCGACCAUCGCCCGGCAAUAUUUACAUAUGUUUCGAUCUCAGCCUAAGGGUCACAAUGUGCCGUACAUGAGGAGCUUUUGUAGUGUGGCGUCUACUGAGGUGGCCCAGAAAGAGGGUGUGAAACUGCUAGUGACUGGGGGACCUCAUGCCCAGAAAGCGGUUGGAAUAUGGCUUUUCGGCUCAGCCGCAUGGGUGUUUAGUAUGGUGGUACUUGGGGGUGUUACUAGACUGACGCGAUCCGGUCUUUCAAUGACUGAUUGGAAAUUCACGGGUGGGCUCCCUCCCAUGUCAGAUGAGGAAUGGCAGCAAGAGUUUGAGAAAUAUAAGCAAUCACCUGAAUACAAGCGAGUUAACAAGGGAAUGAAGAUUGAAGAUUUCAAAUUUAUAUAUUGGAUGGAGUAUGCACAUCGUAUGUGGGGAAGGGCAUUAGGAGUUAUGUUUGCUUUGCCCUUCUCAUAUUUUCUCCGUAAGGGGUACAUAACCUUACGAUUAGGACUCAGACUUUCUACUCUCUUUGCCCUUGGGGCUGGCCAGGGUUUAAUUGGGUGGUGGAUGGUUAAAAGUGGUUUAGAGGAACCAGCAUCUGAAUAUUUUCAGCCAAGGGUCAGCCCCUAUCGCCUUGCUGCUCAUCUUACUUCAGCGUUUGCUAUUUACUGUGGUCUUUUCUGGACUGCUUUGUCUGUUGUUAUGCCUGAACCACCAGCUGAAUCACUAGCAUGGGUUCAUGGGGCUGCUAAAGUGAAGAGACUGGCACUACCUAUAGGCUUACUUGUUGGUCUGACAGCUAUUUCAGGUGCAUUUGUUGCUGGAAACGAUGCUGGGCAUGCAUUUAAUACUUUUCCAAUGAUGGGCGACGCAUGGAUACCAGAUGAUAUUUUUGAAAUGAAACCUCUGAUUCGGAACUUCUUUGAGAAUACAUCAACUGUACAGCUUGAUCACCGCAUCCUUGCAACUGCAACUCUGGUUUCAGUAGGUGCUUUAUGGUGGUCAACUAGAAAGCUGGACCUACAUCCUGCCAUUCGAUCUCUGAUCGGAAGCACUGCUGGGAUGGCUGCUCUUCAGGUUACAUUAGGAGUUUCAACGCUUCUUUCAUACGUUCCUGUUUCACUGGGCACUGCACAUCAGGCUGGAGCUCUAACGCUUAUGACACUUAUGUUACUGUUGAAUCACACUGUUCGAAGGCCGUCUCUGUCCCUUCUCAAGUCUCUGCCUCAAGUUGUCAAAGCAAACUAAUUGCUUCCCAUUCAAAUUUUACAAGAACGAUUAAAAAAAAUUGCUCGCAUGUCAAUUUUUUAUCUUUAUAGAGGUUGAUAAUAGACACUUAACAUAUUGUAUUUUUGUUGUGGCCUCCCUGGCCAAAUUUUGGCCGGUGGAAAAGUGUGAAACAUGUUGGCUUCUGCCCUGGUUCGUAUUUAUAUUUCUGAAGCCACAUGUUCAUGAUGAUCACAAAAGUGAUCUGUUAACAGCAUGCUGGAAUUUUAUUUUGGAGAGAAUUAUUCUCAAUCUGAUUUGUAUCUUCAUUGCGAUGGUGAAAACUUGGCACAAUUGGUUAUAUUUUGUCUGUAUUAUUAAUUUUAUUUUUAAUUUAAAUGUAAAUUAGUGUAAGUUA